CCGGGAGUGACGUUUAAAGCUGCUAUCCAGGUGAGUUUGCUAACUACAAGUCGUGGCAUAAAACCUUACGUAUAAAAGCAGAGCCCACUAAAUCCACACCGGUCCUUGAGAUCUACACACGGCCGAACACACUUUCCACGCCUACCUGGCGAUGGCGCUUUGAGCGGCUCGAGUGAAUCGGCUAGUGAUGGUGAAAGUAUUGACCCCUUAGACUCUACUAUAUACAUCUCGAUUCUGGACCCUAUCGGCGAGCCUGCUUUCAAACCUAGUCCUACAAAGCCGAUUCCUCGAUGGAUGCAAUGGCUCCCGAGCCAGCGAAAUCGCCAUCGACAAAACGAGCCUCGGCCAUACUCUCUCAUAGACGAAUACUUCCCUCCUCACACUAUACCUGAGACGGGCGACUCUAUACCCAAACCGAGUUCCAUCUGCCCGACAAGUCCCAAGCAAGAAUCUCCUCGCCCAACAACCUCUCCGCACAACCCUAAUCGCCGCCGUUCACAGAAAAGCCCUGAUUUCAGCAACAUACCUCACUCGGCCAUCAAAGCCGUAAAGGGGCCCUCCUUCGUGCUAGACGAGCCGCUAAUGCGUCCAUCCUCGCGCAUGACCCACUCAACAAGCCACUCCACAUCCAACAGCUCCAAAUCCAUCAAAGCAGACCCAUUCACACCCUCCUACUCAUCAGACGCUCUUCCACCACGCACCCACUCGCCCUACGCGCCGCGCAGACCGUCGCCCCUAGCCACGCACGCGGAAGUGCCCGAAGGCGGUAGCGGCGGCGACAAUAACAACAACAACAACAAACCGUGGAAGGCGCGGCUCCGCCGCUCCCCAUCGCCCCUCGCGGAACACUUUAGACGGUUCGUGCGCCGCACGCCGCCCGCCCAGUCCACGGAGUUCAUUAACUUGUACCGGCCCCUGCAGCCGCCGAACCCGGGCGUCGCGGUACCGGGGUGUAGGAUGGAUAGGGAUGUUGGCGAUGGUAGGCCGGUCCGUAGGAUGCUGGGACGACGGCGGACGCCGUCGCCGCCGCCGGGGGUGGAGGGCGGGGUGCCGGAGCAGGUUGUUGUGGGGACUGGGGAUGUGGUGGAUUUGAGGAGCGUGAGGAAGAGGUCUAGCUUGCAGAGCGAGAUCAAGAAGUUGUUGGGGGGGAAGGGGCAGGGGAAGGAAAAGGAAAAGGAGAGGGAGAGGGAGUGAUGGGGGUGUAUGUCUACGGUGGAGAAUUGUUACUUGGCUAACCUAGGAUUCUGUAAGUACUGUUAGACGUUAGAUUUUAAUACGUUACUAUCCGAUUACGUUUAUGCGGAUACUGUACUUGAUGAUUUCGGUGGUUCUCCUAUUGUUGAUGGA